AAUUGAGUGGCACGGUGUGGUCACGUGACAUCUUUCACUUCUCUGUGAAAUCUGCUAUCACCUACUCUGGAAAUGGUUGUGCUGAAAGGAAUACCGUCAAUACUUACACCUGAAUUGUUGUAUGCCCUGGCUAAAAUGGGGCACGGAGACGAACUGGUUCUUGCAGAUGCAAAUUUUCCUGUCUCCUCUGUCUGUAAAUGUGGUCCCAUAGAGAUACGAGCUGAUGGGCUGCGAAUUCCAGAGCUGCUGGAAGCAAUAUUGAAGCUCUUUCCUCUUGAUUCCUAUGUUAAAUGUCCGGCUGCUGUAAUGGAUCUAGUGGAUAGUGACAGGCAGCAGGGUCUUGUAGUUCCAGUGUGGUCCUUCUACUCUGCACUUCUCAAACAAGUGGGAUCAGAUGGGACUUUUGAUGCAGUUGAAAGAUUUGCUUUUUAUGAGCGUGCAAAGAAAGCUUUUGCUGUUGUUGCAACAGGGUACAGUAUAAUUCUCAGCUGCCAUGAAUCUUCACAGUUGUGUUUAAUUAUACCUUGGUAUUAUAAAACUUUCUUUUCUUUCCAACAGGGAGACUGCUCUAUAUGGAAACAUCAUUAUCAAGAAAGGAGUCAUUCGUCCUGAAGAGCUUUGCUAAAGAAUGCUAAAACAUUCUUGUGAUUACAGUUAACUAUUGACUUUAAAAAAACAAAAACAGUUCAGCAAGGUGGAAAUGGAGAAGAGCCAUUGGUGAAUAGGUGAACAACCAAUAGGUGUAAUUUACUCAUUUUAAGAAUACAAUUUUGUAAGAAUAAAAAAAAUAAAAAUGACUUUAGCUUUGCUUUUGAUACACUGACUUGGUAGAAACCUCUGGAAUGGUUCUACAGUUAUGGAUCGACAAAGACAUGAAGACUUCGUUUCCCCAAACUAAGAGCUAGUGUUGUUCAGGCAGUUUGCCUGAAAAAACUUUUCCUUUUGGUUUUGGUGCUAAUGCUAAAGUGAAAAUAUUUUGUAGAAUUACAAAUCAUCAGCAAAAACAUGUGCAAUGAAUGUGCCUUUUAAAUAGUUUAUAAAUGAAUUUGAAAUAAAACACAUUAGUAUGCGUAUAA